AUGUACGACAGCGCCGUCCUCGUCCAACAGUAUAAGCGCUUCCGAGGCGACAGCGAGCCCGCUGCGCAAUUCGUUGCAGGAGCCAUCACUACCCAUCGCUAUUUUUCAACUCAACGACUCUUUGAGGAGAGACUCGGGACCGGCACCCUGGUACAACAGGUCACGCCCUGCAUCUUUACCGUCGGAACGCACCCGUUCUUCUUCAAGAUUCCCGUCACCGUUAAGCUUUCCGAUGCUGUCUCGUUUCGUCAGUACCCUAGCACACUGACUGAGGUCACUUACCAUUUUCCUGACCUGCCAAGACCCGAUCAACGAUGGAGCGAGGGUAUGCGGCCUUUGGAUAACCUGCGUAUUAUCUUUGGAUGCCUCGAAGCAUUCGAGGAAUUUCUGACUUAA